UAUAACCAACUCGUUCCUGACGACACAUCACUAUGACAGACAGGCAGUUGUUGAGUCAGGCCCACAGACAGGCCUGCUACCUGUAGUAAGCUAAUAGCCGCAACAGCGACCACCACCAAAGACAGACAGACAGAGGAGAGUAAAAUCUGUGGGCCGGUAAUGCAUUGAGAAGACAAUGGAGACCACAGGCAGUGCCACUGAAGGCGACCCUCUGAAGAGUGGAGAGGAUGGGGCAGAGACGGGAACGGCACCAUCAGCCACAGAGCUGAAGAAGAAGAGUUGCAAGGAAGUCCUGGGUUUCGCCAAACUGACCCAUUGGCGAACCGCAGUCUUCUUCUUCUCCUUGUUCCUCUGCCUCACCAUAGUGUUCGCCUUCUCCUUCAUCAUCCCCUGUCCUGUCAGACCACAGUAUCUCCUCACCUGGAACAGGACUUUCUCUGAAGCAGCAACGUAUGACUUCAUAGCUUUUGAAGAUGCGAGCAAAGACAAGGUGAUGGAUGUGCUGUUUGUCCUCAAAAACACAGGCAGUCCGAACAAAACAUGUGUUGAUGCAGGUCUGCCCUCGCCGUGUGUGUUUGUGGUAGCGGUGGAUGGGACAGAUGGAGAGGACCUGUGGGAGUGCCCGCUAGCUCCCGAGUUCCACUGGGCCCAGUGCGGUCUGGACGAAGACAAAGGCAGAAACUGGGACUGUCUGUUAUCCCAUUCUGACCAACUCACAGCCGUUGACAAAUACACUGGUGUCGCCAGGUGGCAGCAGCCUCAGCCUCUUAGUCUGCACAGCACUGUGCCUGUUCUUAGUGUCCCAGAUCUGGAUGGGGACAAGGUCAACGAUGUGGCUCUGGUGGCAUCUGGCAACACACAGUUAAACACUCAGCUGGCGUUCCUCUCAGGGAAGACGGGUGUCCAGAUUGGUUCUACGGUGGUUCUUGACACCGCGGAGACGACCAAUCAUCUUCUCCAUCGCACUAAAAAAGGAUCUCACUAUGUACUACUACAAAAAGACACAGGCUUGUACGGACUGGCACUGUGGAGGAUCGCUGCCGAUGCUAAAGCAGGGAUGGAGGCGGGCCUCAAGAAAGACAAAGACUGGGAGAAAGCUGCCAGUGCAACCUCUGGCCUAGUACCCAUCUACGAAUCUGAUUCAGUGAGACAAGUGCUAAGAACAGGAGAAAAAGGGGACCCUCCCAACCUGCUGAUUGUGACCGAAAAUGAGGUGGUGUUAGUCGAUGGGAAACAUCGGAAGCUACUGUGGAGAUUCAAUACCAGCUCACUCCUCGGUGAGCCCUCCUUUGGCCACUUUAACAAAGACGAGUUCCUCGAUGUUGUGAUCGAGGAGGAUAUUGGCAACUCCACAAAGACGGUAAAAAUUCUUGAUGGGAAGUCCGGUGGCGUGCUUUGGGAAGUCGACCUCUUGACCAGUCCUAACUCACCAAUACCUGCCGCAGUACACACCACCAACUCCUACUCGGUCUUCGUGUUUUGGGGCAGGAUGCUCUCAGAGGCCAACUCAUCUGAGCCGCUCGAGAGCGACCUUCACUCUUACCUGCUCCACCCUCUCUACUCUAAAGUCCUCCUCGAGUCGACCAGUUUCACGGACCACAUCGUAACAUUUAAAGCCACUCUGUUGGAGCACGGACGCCACGCUGCCUUCAUCCUGCUGACGGGUCCUAAGACGGAGGGAGCCGAGGGCACCGUGGUCCUCAGCAAGUGGAAGCUGAAAGACGAUGUCCCCGGCAGUAAAGUGCUCCGCAUCGGUACCGGCGGGAGUUCAGAGACCGACACAGAAAUCAGAGAGGCCUUCAAUCGUCUACGCUUCGAGGAUUGGUGAAAGGACCAACUGUAGAAUGUAGAGUACAUCCUCAGUGUUCAAACCAUUUUGCCACCAAACCAAAGUGUGCACACUAGCUAUGACCUUCCAAACUGCUGACAACCAAAACAAUUCCUUUGUGUUUAGAUCCUUGGGUUGACUUGAUUUGACAGUGCUCUUCCGUUAAUCUCCUUUUGGACUGCAUACAUGAGUUUGAUCUUACCUUAGUGUCCAAAGCAGCUACUGUCCUGACAAUCACACUGCAUUUCUGCUCUCCUCCUGCUGAUAAAUCCACCUCGCUGUACUGUUUCUAGCACUUUCACGCAUCAAUGCAAUGCUCUGGACCUAAAGGCUUUUUUUAAAUUGCAGAGGCCGGGUUAUUAUUUGAAUCUAUGCAACUUUAUGUCACACUGGGGCUUUUAAAAGUAGCAGGUGGUAGCUCCUAUGUAUUUGACAUUAUAGUAGUCUGAAAGGAAUGGUUGCACAAUGACAGGGCUUUGCUUUUGGUACCUUUUCUAAAAAACCUGCACAGUAAAACAGACUUGAAACCCCUCCAACCUUAACGUAUACACUAUGCGGUUACAUUUUUUGUUACGUAUCCUGUUCGCGAAAGUAGUUAGGCUGUUUUGUAGUCAAUGUCGAUAAUCAGAAUGUGUUUCCUUUACUUACUCAAUCCAAGAUGCUGUAACUAGUGAUGCUCUUGAACGCACACUGACUAACCUAAUGCUGACUCUCAAAGGUUCUACAUAAUAUUGACGUACUGCUGUUGGUUUAAGGCUCAUCAUGAAGCUGUUUUUUUUUUUCUCUUUCUCAGUGAUUUAUAUCAAAUGAGGUUCCUGUUUUUGCUGUACAUUAAUGAAUUGAACCUGUGGGGCUUUUGUCGGAGCCGACUUUUCUUUCUGACUUGAUUUGUUUGAAUGUGAGCAAUAUUAAAGAGUUUUAAAAGAAC